CUAACCUUGCAUCAAAUAAACCAUUACUACUUCACCUUGCCAGGCCGCCUGGGCAUGGGUUGCCCUCGAGAGCGAACUGUCGUCGCAACUCUGUCCAUGACCUUGCUCUUUCUCCUAGCCGACCAAGCUGGAGUUGUUUCCUGUCAUCCGUUUCCCGCCGUAGCCGUAGCGGCGAAGCAUCAGACGGCGGUGCAGGUCCGCAACCUCCUCAUCGACACCAGGAAGAGCAACCCUGGCGACGCUGCUGGCAUGGCGGCGUAUGGUGCGGAGAAGACGGAAGAAGCGGCACCGCCGGACCUAUGCUCGGGGGUCGUGGCGGUGUCCCAGGGCAGCGCGGGAAGCCUCUCCAACGGCACCCCGUCCUACAGCGUGACCAUCACCAACACUUGUCUAGGCUGCACCGUGCGCGACGUCCACGUCUCCUGCGGCGAGUUCGCCGCCCCCACGGAGCUCGUCGACCCCAGCGACUUCCGACGCUUGUCGUACGACGACUGCCUCGUCAAGAACGGCGGACCCAUGGGCCCCGGCGAGACCAUUUCCUUCGAGUACUCCAACUCUUUCAUCUACAAGAUGGACGUCGCCACGGUCUCAUGCGGCGACGUAUAGGUAUAGCUAGCAGGUGUUGUGUACCGGCGUCGUGUCUUGCAGGCACCGUCUUAUUUCCUCACCCGCUGUUGGUAAAUAAAAGUACGGAGUCGUAGCGUAGUAGCUAGCAGCUCACUAGUUCAGUAAGGAUUUGGCUUUGUUGGGAAGUCAAGACGAUAGUUGUAUGAGAUGGGCGUUAGACUUUGUUUGGGAAAGCUUCUAAGUGCUCUCUAAAUCCAUCAAAAUAACUAUAUACCUUUUUUCCCC